AUGGCGGGAGGAUAUAGGGCGGAAGAUGAUUACGAUUACUUGUUCAAACUGGUUUUGAUUGGCGAUUCUGGUGUUGGAAAAUCGAAUUUACUUUCGAGAUUCACGCGCAACGAGUUCAGUUUGGAGUCAAAGUCUACGAUCGGCGUUGAAUUCGCCACCCGAAGCAUUAGUGUAGAAGAUAAGAUCGUCAAAGCCCAGAUUUGGGACACCGCUGGCCAAGAACGAUACCGUGCAAUCACAAGUGCAUACUACCGGGGGGCAGUUGGUGCUUUGCUUGUUUAUGAUGUCACUCGACAUGUCACAUUUGAGAACGUUGAAAGAUGGUUGAAAGAGCUCCGAGAUCACACAGACCAGAAUAUUGUGAUAAUGCUUGUGGGCAACAAGGCUGAUUUACGUCAUCUACGUGCUGUCUCCACAGAGGAUGGUAAGGCUUUUGCCGAGAGAGAAAAUACAUACUUUAUGGAGACAUCUGCACUCGAGUCUAUGAAUGUUGGGAAUGCUUUUACGGAAGUACUCACCCAAAUAUACCAUGUGGUUAGUCGGAAGGCACUUGAUAUUGGGGACGACCCUGCUGCCCUGCCCAAAGGGCAAACCAUAGACGUUGGGACCAAGGAUGACGUUUCAGCAGUGAAGAAGGUUGGUUGUUGCUCAGUCUAA